GAGGGGAGCGUGAAGGCAAGUGGGAGGAUGACAGAAUCGAUGACUGAUGUCAUAGAUGGCGCAGGUAGGGCUAGAGCUUGCCAGGGCGACGCUCAUGGUAGGGCAGGCUUUGGCGCCAAUGGAGUUAGGGCUGGUCUGGGCGACGAUAAGCAGCUGGGCAGUGACGUCACACCAACUCCAGGAGGGUUCGGGGAUGCUCUGGACUCUAGGGACGCGCUGGGCAAUGCUUGGGAUGGGCAAGGCGCUAGGGAAGCACUAGGAGAUGCCAAGCGAGGCAGGUUGGACAAGGUAGGAUGGGCAACGCCUGGUAGGCGUAGAGUUACAGGAGGCAUGCUGGUGGUGCCAGGCUGGGCACUAGUGCUGCGGUACGGGUGA